UAAAAUAUCUAAGCAAAACUAUUUACUAAACCUCAGGCAAAAUUUGGGGGAACAGAAAACAACCAAAACCAAUUGACAAAAAAAUCUGCUUGGAGCAGCAUCUCUAAGUUUUUGAACUCUGCCACAGAUUUUUAGAAUAGCAAUAGUUUGGCAUCAUUCUCCCAAAUUCUCCCAUUUUUUUCAGGAAAGUUAUGUUUAACAGCGGAAAUAGUUCAAGAAGAACUAAACAAAGUGAAGCAGUUAAAAUGAUCAAGAAGCCAUUGCCAAGGCUGAUUUACAAGUCAGAAAACAAUUUUACAAUGGAUGACAAAGAUGCUGCUUUCCAAUAUUUAUCGGAAUUGAGAAUAUUAGAUGUAUCGUGCAAUAAAUUGAUUGGAGGAGUUUUCCAGUCUUUGGCUGGUCAUUUGGCCAAUUUAAGUAACCUUGAAAUCCUGAAUCUUCACCAGUGUUGUAUUACAGAAAAGGACAUGUUGGUUUUAUCCCAGAUAAUACCUCUUUUGUCAAAUCUUCGGGAGCUGAAUUUAUCCUCAAAUACAAAUGCAGGGAUAUCCACCUAUCAUCUUCUUAGCAGACUCAGAUUUUUACCAAAACUGACAUCUGUGCUACUCAGCAAUUGUGCCUUGCAACAUGAUUCAUUUCUGUCUCUAGGUACAACAUGAUUUUAAACCAGUUGCUGAACAACUGGUUGCAAGUCAGGGACUACCUCAGGG